AUGACCGACGCGAUGGAAGUGAUCCCCGAGUUUUUCUAUCUGCCUGAAUUUCUGUUAAAUUCAAACAAAUAUGAUUUUGGGCUGAGACAAAGCAAGUCUCAGUCAAUAGAUAAUGUCGAAUUACCACCUUGGGCUAAUAAAGACCCGAAAAUAUUUAUUGCCAAGCAUCGGGAAGCGCUCGAAAGCCCAUACGUGACGAGAAAUCUCCAUAAAUGGAUCGAUCUGGUAUUCGGCAAUAAGCAGAAAGGCGAAGCUGCUUUGGAGGCAGUGAAUGUAUUUCACCAUCUAUCUUACCAGGGCGCUAAGGAUCUGGACACCAUCGAUGACCCUGUCGAACGCUUGGCAACGAUAGGCAUAAUCCAUAAUUUUGGACAGACUCCCCAUCAGGCAUUCCAAAAGCCCCACCCGCAGAGAGAGGAGAUAUCACACAAACAGAAACGGUUGGAUACGGCGGCAGAGUCACUAACUCGCUUGCCCUUCACGUUACUUGAUAGUCAAGAGCGAGUAUCAUCGUUGUUAUUCUCAUGGAAACAAGAUCGGCUACUCUGUUCUGCUGCCUUCAGACUCAAUAUUCCACCGAACUACGACAAGUACAUUGAGUGGGGGUUCUCCGAUGGUAGUGUCAGGUUCUAUACCGCUGAUACCAGGAAGUUGAUCGGCCAUUUCGAGCACCUACAUAUAGGUCAGCUAUCCGGUGCCUUAUUUGCAGAUUCUCAGACUCUGAUCACCUCUGGAACGGAUUGUACUAUCUCGGUAUGGUCAUUCACAUCGACAUCCAAGUCGGUAGAUCUUCAUCCGAAAGCUACGUUAUUUGGACACCGGUCGCUGGUCACCACUCUUGCCGUUUCGAGAUCCUUUAGUACAAUCCUCUCCGCCUCCAAGGAUGGAAAGAUAAUGCUAUGGGAUCUAAAUCGUCUGGAAUUUGUGAGAUCAUUACCGAGCGGGGGACCUAUCGAUUGCGCACGCAUCAACGAUGCUACCGGAAAUAUAGUUGUCUGCCGUGGAAAUCGUAUAAGCCUCUAUACGCUAAAUGGGGAUUUGCUUCUUGAGCAAGCUGUGUGCGAGCAAGCUGAUGAUUGUAUCCUGUCCUGUGCUUUCUACGAAGGUGUUAGUAGCGAAUGGCUAGAACGGGAGUUAUUAUUUACAGGUCAUAAGCGUCGAGUUGUCAAUAUAUGGAGUAAAACGAUCCGGAACGGCCGAUUCGAGCUCGAUCUAAUCCGCCAGUUACAUCAUGUUGACAACACCCGCGAGGACGGGGCCAGCAACAUCACUGCGGGUAUUAGUUGUAUUCUGCCGUUGGCGCAGUCUGUUUAUACCGGUGAUGAAGUUGGGCAAGUUUAUGAAUGGGAUUGUGUCCCGCGCCGUUGA